AUGGUUCUCUCCAAGGGCCUUGGUGUGGCUUUGGCUGCGGCCUCACUCAUUACCCCGACAGUCGCUUCCGGAAUAAACAACCAUCCACACUCUUUUAUUCAUAGACAACAUCACCGUCGUCAGAGCGUCCCCACAACAUUACCUGGCAAUUGGACAUCACAAGGAUGUUUCACCGAUAAUCCAGGGGCCCGCGCUCUCUCGUCGGCCGCAUUCACAAGCACGGACAGCAUGACAGUCGAAGCCUGCAUCAACUUCUGCGAUGCUAGGUCCUUCGUCUUCGCCGGUGCAGAAUUUGGCCAAGAAUGCUACUGCGGGAACUUUAUCGGGAAUGGAGGGACGAAUACUAGCCUCGCUGAAUGCAAUAUGGCAUGUACCGGAAACGCUAGGGAAAGUUGUGGUGCUGGAAGCCGUCUCAACGUAUUCUGGAGUGGCAAGCAGCCCCCUCCUCCCCCAACGAUUAUACCAAAAGUAGGAAACUGGGACACCUUAGGUUGCGUCCUCGAAGCAGAUGGUGCUCGAACCUUGACCGCCGCCAUGGGAGCUACGGACGACAUGACGGUCGAAACAUGUACGGACUCGUGCUUCCACGCUGGUUUCCCUUUGGCCGGGAUAGAAUUCGCUCGAGAAUGCUACUGUGGCUUAGCCUUCGCUAAUGGUGGCGGCGCAUCGGCACCUGCAGGGGACUGUAACAUGGUGUGCUCGGGAAAUAGUUCAGAGUUUUGCGGUGGCCCAAAUCGCCUGACCGCGUACAACCUCACCGAUAGGGCUGACCUGCCACCUCCCCAAGCCCCAGGUGGAGGAGGUCCAGCGCCAGGCGGAGCUCCAGUCUUCCCGGUCACGUCAGGCCUCCCAGGAACUUGGCACUAUUCUGGUUGUUUUGUCGAUAACGCCCACGGACGUAUUUUUGGCUUCGAGGCCCCCAUAGACGCUGGUCUCAAAGUCGAAUCCUGUAUCAACACCUGCAAUGGGAUGAAUUUUACGGUCGCCGGUAUGGAAUUCGCGCAGGAGUGUUACUGUGGAAACACUCUCAUCAAUGGCGCCGUUCCGGGAGACGAAUCGAGUUGUAACAUGGGCUGCGGAGGCAAUGCGACCGAGGCUUGUGGUGGACCAAAUAGAUUGUCAGUGUACACCAGCAACCCGGGUGAUGUUGUUGCUCUGCCUGUCCCUGUCAUCAAGGACACUGAUCUCCCGGGGCAAUGGAAAUCUGCUGGUUGCUUACAAGAACCAGGAGCACAGCGUGUCUUCCCUUAUCAGAUCAUCAUGCAAACCAACCUGACGGUCGAGGCUUGCCUAAACCAAUGCGCUGCUUUCGGGUACCCUGCAGCUGGCAUGGAAUUCAGCGAUGAAUGCUACUGCGGUGACGUUGCUGAUGAGAAGAACAAUGGUGGGGUGACCGCGCCAGAUGCUGACUGCAACAUGCCUUGUUCUGGGGACCCAAUACACCUUUGCGGCGGCGCCGAACGCCUGCAGCUUUACCAUUGGGACGGAAAUCUCGACGUUUGGCACACACCGGCGAACAUUGGCCGAUAUGAGUUUUUCGUCCCUGGGUACGUUAUCGCGUCACAAUGGGAUGUUUUUAUGCUGAAUGUGGGCCCGUUCUCCAGUGUCGUCGUCCCACUCAUAGCGACUGUGGGCAUCAAUAACAAGGUGACAUUCCUCGAGAAAACUGGUACUGGUUUCCCCAAUUCAACUGGCGCCUACGAGCUUGACCUCACCCUUGUUGACGACUUCUCGGCCGCAUGGCGCGAACUCCAUGUUCAAACCGAUGUCUUCUGUUCAGGCAGCAUCGUCCUUCCAGACAAAGCGGGCCGACAAAUCAAUGUCGGAGGCUGGUCACUUGAUUCGACGUUCGGCAUCCGGUUCUACACUCCCAGUGGAUCCGAUGGAGUCAACGGCACGACUGACUGGGAAGAGAAUUUCCACGAAUUAGAGCUACAGCGUGGAAGAUGGUACCCCACUGCGGCGAUGCUUUCGAACGGAUCCAUUCUUGUUAUCGGCGGAGAAACUGGCAGUAAUGCCUCUCCUCAACCGAACUUGGAAAUCCUUCCAAAGCCAGCUGGUGGCGAUACAGUAGUUGAGCUGGACUGGCUUGAGCGAACCGAUCCGAACAACCUGUACCCGUUCGUUUUCGUUCUCCCUAGUGGCAAUAUCUUCGUUGGCUACUACAACGAAGCACGCAUCUUGGAGCCGGUUGGCUUCCAAACCAUCAAGGAAUUGCCCAAUAUCCCGGCCUCGGUAAAUAACUUCCUCGGUGGUCGUACAUACCCACUUGAAGGUGCCGCCGUUCUCUUCCCUCAACAUGCUCCAUACAACGACCCAUUGCGAAUUCUGAUUUGUGGUGGAUCUAAUCUCGGAGCUGGACAAGCUAUUGAUAACUGUGUGUCCAUGGCACCGGAGGAUCCUAACCCAACGUGGACCUUGGAACGAAUGCCCUCUCGUCGCGUUAUGCCAUGCAUCGCUCCCCUUCCUGACGGCACAUUCCUGAUCUUGAACGGUGCUCACCAAGGAGUUGCCGGCUUUGGUUUGGCUACGGAUCCUAAUCUCAGCGCUUUGCUGUACGAUCCUUCACAACCGGUCCACCAAAGAAUCUCCAUCUUGAAUAACACCAUCGUGGCGCGCUUGUACCACUCUGAGGCAAUCCUGCUGCCCGACGGUAGGGUUCUUGUCUCUGGCUCCGACCCCCAGACUCCUGGAUUCCCAGAAGAGUUCCGUGUUGAGGUUUACAUUCCACCCUACCUCAACCAAGGAUUCAGGCAACCCGAGUUUAAUAUCACCAACACCGACUGGGCGUAUGGCGCUACUGCUACCAUCAACGUUAGGUUGUUCCAGGGUACCACCCGAAAUAUGAGGGUAUCCCUUGUUGCCGCUGUAUCGAGCACGCACGGCAAUACUAUGGGCUCUCGUACCAUCUUCCCAGCGUUUAGCUGCAAUGGAAAUACCUGCACAAUCACUGCCCCUCCCAACUCCCACAUAAGCCCUCCAGGGUGGCAUCAACUCUUCAUCCUCGACGGGCCCACCCCCUCGCACUCACACUGGGUUCGCAUCGGUGGUGACCCCGCUCAGCUGGGCAACUGGCCACAGCUCCCCGGCUUCACUCCACCUGGAGUUUGA